AUGUAUUAAACAGGUGUUGUUAUUGACAUUUCUGUGUUUAAUGUAUAUUACAGCGAUUGUAAUUCAAUUAUAAAUCGUUAUUUCCUGUGCGUGAUACUGAUACUAAUUUAGAUAGAUAAACAUAACCUCUGUGGUCAUUGGUGAUGUAACAUAGUGAAUUUUGUGACGUCUAGACCGAUUUUAAUUAGUAUUUUGUUAACGUGUUAUGUGAAAUGUUUUAUUUAUUUAUUCUACUUGUUUAGCAUGCGAGGGGUCCUGUGUUCGAGUCCCGGAUUGAUCUCACUGAUGGCCUACCACUUCAAUGACAAUGUCCACACAAAGUCUUUCACCCCGCGGGAGUAUCAGGUGGAGCUGUUGGAUGCUGCGAAAGAACGGAACAUCAUCAUUUGCCUGGGCACGGGCUCGUCGAAGAUCUUCAUCGCAACCAAGUUGAUACAGGAGCUGGCCAGCACGAUUCGCAGGAGGUGGCACGAAGGAGGCAAGAGGACGCUGUUCCUGGCAGACUCUGCAGUCAUGGUGUCCCAGCACGCCUCGUACAUCCGCCACCUCACGGACCUGGUGGUGUCCGAACACAGCGCUCUGGAUGAGGACGGUGUCUUCACUCCCGCCUACUGGGACUCCGUGCUGCGCAAACAUCAGGUCCUGGUGAUGACCAGCGCGGUGUGUCUGCACGUGCUGAGUCAGCGCUUCCUGCAACUCACCGACAUCAACCUGCUGAUUCUGGACGAUUGCCACCGCGCUCUGACCGACCACCCCAUGAGGCAGAUAAUGCGGGAGCACGUGGCGCCGUGCAAGAGCCGGCCGCGCGUGCUGGGGCUCACGGCGCCGCUCCUCAGCAGCAGCAGCGACCCGGGACACCUGGAAGGGGAGCUGUGCCGGCUGGAGGCCGCCCUGCACUGCCGCGCGGAGACGGCCAGCGACAUAGUGUGCGUGCUGCGCUACUGCAGCCGGCCGCGCCAGCUGGUGGCGCAGUGCGCCGCGCACUCGCCCGGCGAGCUGGACCGCCUGCUGGAGUCCGUAGUGCGGGACGCCCGCGCCUUCCUGGUCGACCACCGCUACGACCCCACCGAGGUGUACGAGGACGAGUUCCUGGAGGAGAUCCGAGCCACCCCGGACCCCAAGACGGACCCGCUGUCCGUCUUUGACGACUUCCUGCACAUCCUGCACACGCUGGGGGCGUGGUGCGCGGACCGUGCCGCCCUGGCGCUCCUCGUGCAGCUGGAGAAGCUGAAGGUGAAGACUCCGUACGAGAGGCACUUCCUGCUGCUGUGCAUGGUGUCGUCUGUCAUGGUGAAGAUCAGGGCGAUCUGCGAGGAUUUCUUCCAGAGCGUGCCGGAGAAGGAGCGCAUACACAGGUUCUCGUCGCCGAAGGUGCGACGCCUCGUGGAGGUGCUCCUGCAGUUCAAGCCCGACAAGCCGGACCCGGGCGAGAGCGCUGCGGACAGGACCGACUGCGAGCUCGAGGGCGAACCAGCGGACCCGUCUCCGAGAGACGGGGUGGGCCGGGAGGCUGCGUGCUCGGUUAAAACUUUAGAAAAAUACACUCGAACAGACAGUGCACACAGGAGUAACUGCAGCGGGGAGGACGAGGCGACAGGAAUCAAUAAUAAUCGGGAAGUUGUAAUCUACCGAAUGCCAGCGAAGGGUUGUAAAGAAUGUGUUGCCGCGAACGGUUUCUCGAAAUGGACGUGCGGUAUGAUUCUGCAACGUUACGAAACUUCUUUGAGUUUAAGAAAACAUUGUAGACGGGAGUUGAAUGGUUUUGCGAGACUGUUGCCAUAUUCGAAUUCACGUAUAAAUGGUUUUUUAGAUAGCCCAAUUGUUUCCGGUUCAGUGUUCAAAGUGUCGGUCGGCAAUUCGAACGGCAUGCGUAACGGCAUCGUGGCGGUUAAGGGUGUUCCUCGCUCGGAACUCACCAGCGGAGAUGGUGACGAUGAUGACGACGACGACGACGUAAAUCUCAUAAUAAGAACCGUGGGCAGCAUCAGACUCAGUCUGUCCACCGCACACAACCCGGUCGCCCCCGCCCUUGCGCCCGGCCCAGUCUGUCUCGGCGGCAAGGAGGUUGCCGGCGACGGGGACCAGAAGACUGCGGGGGGCUCCCCGUCGAGACGGCGCAACGUGCGGGGCGCGAGGUACGCCCGCAAGGGCUUCGCGAAGGACGACGGGGCCCACCAGAGCCGGCCCCAGCGACACCCGGCCCUCGACGACCCGGAUGCUCUCUGCAGCAUCGUGUUUGUGGAAAGGGGAUUCACGGCCAAGAUUCUGUACCACAUGUUCGUGGAACUACGGCACUCGGACCGGCAGCUGUCCUUCCUCUCGCCGCAGUACACCAUGGAGAAGACGAUGGACCCGGUGGCUGAGCCCCGGGAGGCGGAGGCGGAGCACCGGCAGCAGGAAGAGGUUCUCAAGAGGUUCCGUAUGCGCGAGUGCAACCUGCUGAUCGCCACGUCCGUGCUGGAGGAGGGCAUCGACAUCCCCAAGUGCAACCUGGUGGUGCGCUUCGACCCGCCGUCCUGCUACCGCGCGUACGUGCAGUCCAAGGGACGGGCUCGCGCCCCCGGGGCGCACUACGCCCUGCUGGUGGAGCAGCCCCGCUCGGAGCAGCUGGUGGGCCAGCUGGCGCAGUACUGCGAGAUAGAGAGGAUGUUGCUGAGGAAGUGCUCCAAUCAGGAACCCCCGGAUGAAGAGGAGCAGGAAGCCGACCUGUACACCGACUCAGUGGAGCCGUACACACCUGCCAACAGUCCUACCAACGCCUCCGUCAACUUGGCGACUGCUAUCGCCCUCGUGAACAGGUACUGUGCAAAACUGCCCAGCGACACGUUCACGCGCCUGACUCCGCUGUGUGCAGUCAAGUCAAUGGUGGUGGAGGGCACGCCCUUCUACCAGUGUGUUCUGCGACUGCCCAUCAACUCCCCGGUCAAGCAGGAGAUUGUGGGCGCGGCAGUGCCGAGCAGGGCGCUGGCACGGCGGUUGGCAGCCCUGGAGGCGUGCCGCGUGCUCCACCGGGCCAAGGAGCUGGACGACAACCUGCUGCCCAUCGGCAAGGAGAGCUUCCGCGUGCAGUGGGAGGAGGAGUGCGGCAUGGCCCCCGACGAGGAGGACUCCGCCCCCAGGGACCCGCUGGAGCCCCGCCCCGGUACCACCAAGCGUCGCCAGUACUACAACAAGCGGAUAGCGACUGCUCUGACCGACUGCCGGCCCACGCCCGGACGCCCCUCGUUCCUGUACCACGUGGGGAUGGUGCUGACCUGCCCUCUGCCGGAGGAGCAGAACACCCGCGGCAGGAAGAUAUACCCUCCGGAGGACUCCCCCCAAGGGUUCGGGAUACUCACGCUGAAACCCAUACCUAAGAUAUGCCCUUUCCCAAUCUUCACUCGCUCCGGGGAAGUGCGCGUGACGCUGGAUCUGUGCGACUCCGCGGUCGUGCUGUGUGAGGAGAAGCUGGACAAGAUCAUUGCGUUCCUGAACUACACGUUCACGGGCGUCCUGAGACUGCAGAAGUACCUCAUGCUGUUCGACCCCCAGGCCUCCGAGAACUCCUACUUCAUCGUCCCUACAGUCAGGAAAGCCAAGGAGGAGCGGGUCGAAGUCGACUGGCAGUUUCUGGAUCGCAUAUACAUGAACCGUGACUUGAAACCCCAGCCGGUGCCCGAGGAAGAACGCGAGGGUUUCCAGUUCGAUGCCAACAAGUACUACGACGCUGUGAUAAUGCCUUGGUACCGCAACCAAGAUCAGCCGCAGUACUUCUACGUGGCAGAAAUAUGCACCCAUCUGAGCCCCAAAUCUGCAUUUCCUGGCUCAGAAUACAAGACGUUUGAUGAGUAUUACUUCAAGAAGUACGGCAUUCACAUUCAAAACAGUCACCAGCCGUUGUUAGAUGUGGACCACACUUCAGCUCGUCUCAAUUUCCUCACGCCUCGGUACGUGAACAGGAAGGGCGUGGCGCUCCCCACCAGCAGCGAGGCCACCAAGCGCGCCAAGCGGGAGAACCUGGAGCAGAAGCAGAUCCUGGUGCCGGAGCUGUGCACCGUGCACCCGUUCCCCGCGUCGCUGUGGCGCAAGGCCGUGUGCCUGCCGUGCGUCCUGUACCGCGUCAACGCGCUGCUGCUGGCGGACCAGGUGCGCUGUGUCGUGGCGGCGGACAUCGGCCUGGGCUCGCUGCGCCUCCCGCCCGAUUUCCAGUGGGCGCCACUGGACUUUGGGUGGAGCCUGGCGGACGUGCUGAGGAAGUCUCGGGAGAGUCACAAGGCGGCCCCCGUCCCGCUGGAGGACAAGCCUGCCGCGGACCCCGAGCCUGCGGAGAGCGAGGACGCCGACGCUAAAACUGAGGAGCGCGAGCAGCGGCGAGAGGGCGAGGAGGAGGACGGGGAGUGGAUGGAGAUCGGGACGUGGUCCAACGACAUGGCGGCCUCCGCGCUGGGCGGGGAGCUGCCCCCCGGGACCUCCGCGUCGGACCACGUGCGCUACGCCUCGCCCACGUCGUGGCUGGCGUACGACGGCGACGGCUACGACAGCGACGACGACAGCAGCUACGGCGUGAUGCUGGAGUACGAGCACUCCGAGGCCAGCGAGGUGCAGGGCACGUCCGGGAUUCGCAUCGAGUUCAAGGGCGACGUGGCGGAGGCGGUCGACGACGACGCCCCCCGGAGCGCCAGCCCCGCGAGUGCCGCGGACGUGCCGUGGGACUGGGACGCCGGCGUCAUCGAGAGCGAGGAGGUGACGGCGCACUACGCGUCCCGCUUCCAGGACGCGGUCGCUGCGAGCCGCCGCCACAUCGAGGAGUCGGGCAUGGUGGUGCGGCCCGACCAGCCGGUGAUCAUGGCCCGGCCGAGCGCCAAGUUCUCGCAGAAGGAGCCCGAGGAGCGACGGGCGGGCUCCCCGCCGGUGCUGCGGACGGCGGAGCCUCCGGGCGACGACUGCGAGCUGGACAGCGGAGUGUCGGAGAAGGCCUGGCCGGACCACGGCUCCGCCAGCUCUCUGUCCAGCCUGGACGACUCCUGCUUCGCGCUGGACGACGAGCUCCUGAACGGGUUCAGCUUCGACGGCCAGCCGGAGCUGCUCGGCCACCCAGGCCCCAGCCCCAGCAUCAUCCUGCAGGCGCUCACAAUGUCUAACGCCAAUGAUGGGAUCAACUUGGAGCGUCUGGAGACUAUUGGUGACUCGUUUUUGAAGUAUGCCAUCACCACGUACUUGUACUGCACUUACGACAGCAUUCACGAAGGCAAGCUGAGUCACCUGCGGUCCAAGCAGGUGAGCAACCUGAACCUGUACCGGCUGGGGCGACGGAAGGUGUUUGGGGAGAGCAUGAUAGCCACCAAGUUCGAGCCCCACGACAACUGGCUGCCGCCGUGCUACUACGUGCCGCGCGAGCUGGAGCAGGCGCUCAUCGAGGCGGGCGUGCCGGCCAGCCACUGGAACCAGGCGGAUCUGCCCGCGCUGCGCGAGCUGUCGCGGGAGGAGAUCUGCCGCCUGGUGCAGCAGCGCAGCGAGGCCCUCGGCCCCGCCGGCCAGCCGCACAGCCCCUGCAGCCUGGAGGCCCUGCCCUGCUUCAUCCCCUACAACCUCAUCACGCAGCACAGCAUCCCCGACAAGAGCGUGGCCGACUGCGUGGAGGCGCUGAUCGGCGCGUACCUGAUAGCGUGCGGGCCGCGCGGGGCGCUGCUCUUCAUGGCGUGGCUGGGCAUCUGCGUGCUGCCUCAGGAGGGCAGCGACGGCAAGGUGCAGUACGGGACCCUGAGCCCCCCUCCGUCACCCCUGCUGCGUCAUGUCCGCAACCCCGAAGCAGACCUCGAGAGCUUGCUCGACGGUUACGACGUGUUCGAGCGUCGCAUCGGCUACAUGUUCCGAGACCGCAGCUACUUGCUGCAGGCUCUGACUCACGCUUCGUACUCUCCCAACAGACUCACCGACUGCUACCAGCGACUAGAGUUUCUCGGGGAUGCUGUUCUGGACUACCUCAUCACGAGGCACCUAUACGAAGACUCUCGCCAGCACUCGCCGGGGGCCCUCACGGACCUGCGCUCUGCCCUCGUCAACAACACCAUCUUCGCGUCGCUGGCCGUGCGGCACGGCUUCCACAAGUACUUCCGCCACCUGUCGCCGGGCCUGGGCGAAGUGGUGGACCGCUUCGUGCGCAUCCAGGAGGAGAACGGCCACACCAUCAGCGAGGAGUACUACCUGAUAGAAGAGGACGAAUGCGAGGAGGCAGAGGACGUAGAAGUGCCCAAAGCCCUGGGUGAUGUGUUUGAGUCGGUGGCCGGCGCCAUCUUCAUGGACAGCGGCAUGUCGCUGGAUGCUGUGUGGCGGGUCUACUACUUCAUGAUGAAGACAGAGAUAGAACAGUUUAGUACCAAUGUCCCUAAAUCUCCGAUACGAGAACUACUUGAAUUGGAGCCAGAAACUGCAAAGUUUGGGAAGCCAGAGAAACUUGCAGACGGAAGGCGGGUUCGAGUGACGGUGGAAGUGUUUGGGAAAGGCUCGUUCAAAGGUAUCGGCCGCAACUACCGCAUCGCCAAGUGUACUGCGGCCAAGUGCGCGCUCAAGCAGCUUAAGAAGAAAGGCUUGCUGUCGAAGAAGCUCUCCGUGAUUGGCAGAUAGGUGCAGCCGCUGCAGCAAUCGACCAUUUGCAUGCCUUAUCCAUGACGUCGUCCGUUCAGAAUAUUUACCCGUGACCAAAAAAAGAUUAGGCUUUGUGUGAUAGUUAGACACACCUGUAUUUGGUGGGAAAAUGAACUGUUUGUAAGAUUUCAACAUUCUGUAUUACUGUUGAGCAUGUUUUCCUUUAUUACGAGUGAUUAUCAGGGAGAGGCUUUCUACACUAGACUGGCCAAUGAGAGUGCGUGCUGUACUGCCGAGCUCCCAUGAUUUACCUGAUAACAGCCACACAAUUUUAAACACUACUCUCCCAACCAUUACAGCAAGGAAAUGCCAGUAUUUUGAGAAAUGUGUUGAUAUGAAAUAUUUUUGCCUAAUACAGGUGUGUCUAGUGAUAAUGUUUGCAAUCACUGUUUAAAAGUGCUAUACCAUUUAAUGAAUUUGACAUGGUUACAAUGUAGCUACAUAAUUGUUAAAAUAUUAUUGUAUGCCUUGAAGAGGAUCUCAUAAUCUUAGCAUUUGUGGGGUUUCGAACCAUCAUCAUCAGUAAAGAACUGUUAUAUUAAUUUUAAUGCAAAGCAUUUAAUGGUAUAUAAUUUUUUUUUUUGCAGUUUAUUAACUUACGUAUUAUAUCUAUAAGUAUAAGGUAAUAAAAUUUUGUAAAUCACAAUAUUAUGUGAUGGGAAUUUUUCUUGAAGAGAUCUCAGUAACAUGUGAGGAUUGCCAUACAAUAGAGCCUUAUUAUAAUUUAGAAGACUUAAUAUAAAACAUUUAACAAACUUAUUCUGCUUGCCGCUCUCUGAACCAAGUGACUGUUGAGCUGAGGACUGUAAGUCACACCCGUCACACAUGCUGUGACAGGGGCAGCACUCAGCGUCAGCGAGUAUGUUUCUUUGCAGGAGAGGGUCUAGGCCAAAUUAACUCAACCUCAGAAUGGGACUUGAAAAGUCAACGUUCCCCUUCCUUUUCAGUUGUCAGUUUUAAAUGUGGUUUUUUGUAGUUAUUAUCAAGUUAGUUUCAACUCAGUGUGCGUUUCAAGAAAACGUUUUUUUUUUUUUUUUUUUGCCUUUUUGUGACUCAAGCUACUCUCGCUAGCAAUAAUAAAUGCUAUCGAACCACCUGUUUAUCACGUUACUUGCUUUGUUCUGGUCUGAGAUCACGAUCAUGAUCCUGUUGUAAGCUAGACUGUUGUUCAAGGGCUCUAUUGUGUUGUGGCGAAAUGCCACUCGUGUGUUUUGCUCAGCCAUGUCAUCAAGUAAUGACUUCAUUGAUCACGAAAAUGAUUGAAGCUUGCGGGUGUUUUUUGUUAGCAUUGUUACCUCAUAUAAAAUAUUAGCAAGUUGAGCGUGUGGUUAGCAAUGCCUCAAAAUGUGAAGUUACUUCUGUGUUAAUGUUUAGUUAAUAUUUCCUUGGUUGUCUGACUUAAAUAACGACGUAUCAGUGCACACCGUUUGGUCAAGUGUACCUUUGUUGCACCUAGUGCAUUCUGUCUACAGUGCAUUCAGCACUGAUGCUUUAGGUGGUCACAAGAGAUAGUAGCUUUAUCUCAUUUCUUAUUGGUUCACAGGCAGAAAUACAACCAACUAUGCUAUAGAAUAUAAAUUUUACUGUGUUGUUUAAAAAUUAUGUCAUUUUUAGUAUUUUUUUAAGUUGUUUUUACUUGGCUUCACGUGUAUUGAUGUUACAAUCACUACAAUUUUCAUAAAGAAUUUUUUUUGUCAAUUUUAUAAAAACAUAUUUUUUUCUUUAUAAUUAGGAGAUGUGACAGGAUAAGGUAAGUUUUUUUUAUAUGUACAAGUUUGACUAUUAAUUUAUUUUAGGUUUAUUAGUUAUUUAAAGAGUAGGUCAUAAAUGUACUUGUAAUUACAGAAAUUAAAACCUGGGAUAUGUGUAAGGGUUUGGAAAAUAACAGCAGCAGAAGUUUGUAAAUUAUUCAAGGAGAGGUCGGUCACAAACGGGUUCCUGUUGUAACUUGACAACAUAGUUUUUAUGCAUCUUAACGCUAGGUGUCAUCUUGUUAAAUGACAGCAGUGACUGCUGUUAGGUACUUAUUGUCUGUCUGCAGCGAAGGUCAUCUGUAAGGCCGAACAGCUCGCGGCUGUGGGUCAGUCAUUUCCCGUCUCCUCCAUGUCGUGUGCCGUGUGCCGUGUGCCGUGUGCCGUGUCAGAGUCGUGUCAGCCUGAGCCCUCUGCUGCCGACCACAACAGAGCAGAGAGGCUGUGCAUGCCCGCGUACACGCCUUAGCAAACAUUAUGCCUUCCUCUGUGCUCGACCUUCGAGCUGUCUUCAGUGCUGCGUUGGCCGAGAGUGCUGCCAUUUUCAUCCGUGGUCGUGACCGAGUGAGGAAGUUAAAUGAAACUGCUGUCAUUUCUGCUUUGCUGAAUGAAAUAUGCCAAUAAUAUGAGUUAAAAUUGAAUAUUUGCAGUGUUAAUGCUGCUACUUAUGUGUGUGUCUGUGUGUGUGUGUGAGCGGGUGUCAUGUACGUUAAUGUCAUAACGUGUAACCACGACAAUAUUGUUUAUGUUGGCAAUACUAACUGUCCACCAAGUAUGCCUGUUGAGCAAGUUUUUUUAUUUUUAAAAUUAAUUAUUAAAUAGGUAAGCAUAAACAAAGGUUUUUGCAGUUAUAGAGUAAAAUAUAGCAAUGAUUGCAUUUUUAACUGUAAAGUACAUGAAUAGUUAAAUGCAAGUAUGUUGCUGAAAACAAUUAGGGGAACACAAGGGGUGUGCUUGUCAUUGUUUCUCUCAGAGUUAACCCUGUGUGGAAAUGUAUCGAAACUGUUUGGUGGCUCUCAGUUUUAUCAGACGGCACUUUCACCUCAGACUAUUCGCAUGCACAGAUGGUCUGUGUCUAGGGUUGCCACGUUGCUCAGUAUGUGGUGUUGCCCCGGCGACGAGUGUACAACGCUGCAGACUGAAGCGUAGUGGAGGCGUCACAACGGAACAUCAGACGGAACCCCGACUGACCCCUUCCAGCUGCGCAAAUAUCAUGUCAGCAUGUUCGCCUAACACAUCCUGUUUAGUGUUUAGUACCUCACGCACUGGAUUUUUUUUGGUUUUUAAGGCAUCGGCCUACGCAAUCUGUGUCCCUUUGCAUCUGUGGCUGAGCGUGUCAGCUGUUUUGAUCUCUUAAGGCACUAAACAACCAGGGAGAAGGAAACAGACGGGCUUGUGGGUAACCCGGCAGGAUGCGUAGCUCGUGGACUUCUGUGUGAUGGACUGAUGGCGAGUUGAUGAACUGUGUCGUCACUCAUAAACUGUCCAGUGGGGUAAGUCCCACAGACUGGUGUGUUCUGCCAUUAUUGUGUACAAUACCACCUUUACUAUACUUUUUCCAGAUUCCAAAGUAAUUUUUUUUUAUAAAGUAGGAAAGCAUAAUAGUAGGGAAAUAUAAAAUUUUUCACACCAUACUAGCAAACUAUGAUAAUACAGAAAAGUGGUGUAAAAUGCAGUCAGUUUUAAAAUUUUUGGUUGUUUUACAAAUUAUUUCUUAUCAUCUGUUGACUUUACUGCAAGCCAGUCGAAACAUUUGUUAUGGAAUUUGUUUUGUCUUCUCAAGUUACAUUCCAAUAGUAAAAGGAUAACAAAAAGUACCAAGUGUGUUCCUCUAAUGGUUUUUAGUAGUGUAUGUUGUUUCAAAGUAAUAUAGGUCAAAAUAAAAAUAUUGUGAACUCAAACAAACCAGUAGAAAAUACUACAUUAUGUUGAAGAUUAAGUCUUAAUGAACCUCCUUUGUGUAUUUUUUUUAUCUGUGAAUGAGUUCUGCCCUACAGUCUUAAUUUUUUGCACAGAGUAAAUGUAAUAAGAGUACCAAAUACAAAAAUGAAAUUUUAAAUAUAAUUUUAAAAAAUGGAAAAUUUGUUUUGCGGCUUUGUUAGACAGGACAGAAAGAGCAUGGUAAUGUCAGAACUACAGUCCAAUGUUCUGGUAAUUUGUAAGGUUGUAUCUAUUUUGGUUCGAUUAAACUUACUGAAUAAGGCUGAUGUUAUAGAUAGGCGUGCUGCCUACAAAGCUGUAUCAUUUUAAAAUUUACAUUUGUAAUACAGUCCCCUUGUGAUAACUAAUAACCUAAUCAAGUGAUAAUAUUAGAUCAAUUAUUGUACAGUUUUGUCUCUGUACCUUAUACUGUUAACAUAUUAAUUUUGUGCAGUCAAAAGUGUGGUAUGCUUAAGAUUGUUCAAAACUUGUGAAAGUGUGUAAAUGCACAGGAUUUUAUUGAAAGUAACUUAAACAAUCAAAGUGGUAAAUAGCUUAUGAAUCUGCCAAUAACCCAUUUUAAGACUAAGGAUAUUUUACAUUCCUAGAUUUGGAUAAAAUGAAAACUGCCGCAUAUGUGUCUUUAGUUUGAUGACCAAUUUAGUACAAGCAUUAUGCUUCUUAGCCGACUGGAGGUGAUGACAGACUGCGGAGUCGUGAUGGUUCUCAGCCAACCGGAGGUGACUACAGACUGCAGAGUCAUGAUGGUUCUCAAUCAACCGGUGACGACAGUCUGCGGAGUCGUAAUGGUUCUUAACCAACCAGAGGUGACGACAGACUGCGGAGUCAUGAUGGUUCUCAGCCAACCGGAGGUGACUACAGACUGCAGAGUCAUGAUGGUUCUCAGCUGACCAGAGGUGAUGACAGUCUGCAGAGUCGUGAUGGUUCUCAGCCAACCGGAGGUGACGACAGACUGCAGAGUCAUGAUGGUUCUCAGCUGACCAGAGGUGAUGACAGUCUGCAGAGUCGUGAUGGUUCUCAGCCAACCGGAGGUGACUACAGACUGCAGAGUCAUGAUGGUUCUCAGCUGACCAGAGGUGAUGACAGUCUGCAGAGUCGU